AAUCUCAAGAAAAAUCUAUAUACACUAAUGAAACCGAUAGUGAAAGUGAUAAUAAUAAUAUGACUUCCUCUACAAACACAUUAGCCGAUACUAAAAAAAAGAGAAAUAGAAGUGAAAAAAAAGAUGUAUGUCAAGUUAUGAUUAAGAAAAAAGAAGAAGAUAAAAAAUGUGAAGUGGAAUACGUCCAUGACAAUUCAACAUCAAAUAUGAUUGCUCAUCUAAGAUCGCAUAAUAUUGUAGACAAUAAAAAACAAAAAUCUAAAACACAACAAAAUAAACAAACUACAUUAACUGAAAUAAUCCGAUCUAAUAUUCCACAUAAGAGUGAUAAGCAAAAAGAAUUAAAUAAAGCAGUUGUUGAGGCUCAAAUAAAUGUAAUGGAAAGAGAUAAAUUACCUCAGUCUAAUUUAAUUAGUACUGAAUCUUAUUUUGAGGAAGAAGAAAGCGGUGAAGUUAAUGAUGGUGUUAGUACAGAUUCGGAACGACUUAAUAUAAAUGUUACUCCCAAAACUAUUC